AUCCCCGGUCAUUCCGCCGCCGGCCGGGGAUCAGCGUCCUUUUGGGUGGAAAAUCGCGCUGAGCAGGGUCCCAGCCCCGGCCUUUCUGCCCUGGGGCCGUGCAGACGCCGCCUCCCGCGUCGUUUUCCUGCUUAAAACCCUUCCCUGACCCCCGCCCACCUGCGCUUGGUCAAGUCCUCACCGGGAGAUGGAUUCGCGACAGUCGUCCCCUAUCCCACACACUUGUCCCGCCCCUGGAGCACGGCGCCAGCCCCGCGUCGUGUCCUGCCCCUGGGACCCUGAGACCCCAGCUCUCUCCCGAGACGCCGUCCUCGAGUCUUCCUCAGCCCGCCUCCUACCGCCCCGCUGGCCUCCCCUUUGCGGCACGGCUUCCUCCCCGACGUCCGUGUGGGAGCGGAGACCCAGGUGUGUCCCGUGGCACCCCAUGUUCUUCCGUCCCCGAUCCCACCCUCCCGGAAGGGGUGCUCUUGCUGGGCAGCGGGCACCUCAUUCCAUCCCUGUGUUCCUGUGGACGAGGGGAUCGGGAGACAGAGCAACUGAGAGAGAAAUAGAAAUAGUGAGAGGAGAAAAGAAGACUGAGGGAGAGUCAUAAACAGAAGACAAAACAGAGGGUGAGGGAGGCACUUGCAAAGAGACAGAGUGAAAGAGAAUAAGCCGAGAGAGUAGUAGGGGAGAAAAUAAAACAAAUCCAGCGAAAAGGGGAUCUCUUAUAAAUGAGGGGGAACAAAAUAGGAAGAGGGCCCCUUAGAAGUAGCAGCGAGGACAACAGAGUGAAAGCAUUUCACACAGAGUGAGGUGAAGAGUAUCAAGGGUUAGAGUCAGCAGACAGAGCGACUUGGUGCUGGCAGAGAAAGGGGUGCAAGGGGUGACCGGGAGAUCAGAGGGAUAAACGAGGGAGGGAACACGGCAAAUUUGGCGCGCUGGAGAGCGAGGGCAGAGGGGAAACAGAUGGCAGGAGAGAGAAGCAGAAAUAUAUGGAGAUGGCAGACAAUCAGAGAGAUGGGGGAAAGAGCCCUAGGAGGUGAAACUGGGUAGGAGUGGGGCUGAACAGGUGUAGGAGAAGGACUAGAGAGAAGGGAAAAGCAGCAGGGGGGAGAAGGGGGGGAAGAAAAUGAGGAGCAGAAACUGAGAUGGGAACAUAGAAGAGGAAAAAGAGAGAGAAGGGAAGACAGCCAAAGAGACUAAUGGCUUAGAGAGAGAGAAGGAGACACAUAGUCCUGCUGGAAGAGGGACACGCAGAUCCAGAUGAUUACGUUGUGACAUAUGUAUUGCUGGCUCUGUUGCCUAAUUAAUUUAAAAUUUGUUUAAAUUAGGAUGAUGAGAAUUGAAAACUGUCUAUAAGGCUUGUGCAUUUUAUCAUUACUUGCAUCAAAAGAUGACUUCCAUCAAUCCCUAUUCAGCCAGAGGACACUGACUUGCCUCAGUCAAUUCUGGGUCAGCUUCUUCCCUCUUCUGGGAUGUGGUAGGGACGGGAGGUAAAAUGGGGCAAGAAAUUACUGUCACUACAUGUUAUCUUAUAAAGGAACAUUAACAUUUGGUUUUUUUCAGUGGAUGUAUUUUAUUUUAAUCAUUGUUCUCCUACAAGUUUGUUGAGAUAAUCUUUAUUGAAUUUCAUCUUUAUUAACUUCUGAAAUAAGCUUUAUGGCAUCCCAUAAUGAGUUCAUGUCAUUGUUUUUAUUGUUGUUGAGAAAUAUACAAAGCAAAACAUACAGCUCAUGUUAUUCUUUUCUAAGUGUGAUAUAGCCUCAUUUUUUUUUAACUUUUGCCUCUGAUUUUGUAAUUUUUUUAAUUUCCAUUUUCUGUAUUUGCUUCAGAUUACAAGGAACUACAUGCUUUCUACUCUGUGUCAUACACUGGGAACAUACUUUGGUAUCUAGUGCAGUGAAACCUGGGAGAGCCGGAACUUGACAGGAUAGCCUUGUUUUUCUGGGUGUCAAAGGUUUUCUGCUUUUGUCAAGGUGCAGUCUUACCACUUUUCUAUUACCCUCUGUUAGUGGAAGAUAUUUGAGUUUUCCUUCUUGGACAUGUUUCCACAUUACACAGGUUCUAGCUUUCCCAGGUUUCACUCUAAAUAAUGUUAGACUAUUUCACUGCCUGCUGGAUGUCCGUGGUAUUUUAUAUUAACAGACAAAACCUACCUUAACCAGUUAGUCAAAUAUUCAGUUUUCUUCGUUUAUGUGAUCUGUUAAAGUGUUCAGCUGUAAGCUACCGUGUAGAUGUUCUCAAGUCCCUUUUGUCCUUCCUCUGCAAAUGUUGAAGUAUGCAAAUGAUUGACUUGGAACUUUGUUCCAACAGAACCCAUUUGUUCAUGAUGGAGAAAUUUGCUUAGAGGUUUUGUCCAGAGCUGAACCCUCAUUCAGUCAACAGCAUGUUGCACACUUUAUCACUCCUGCUUCCUGGAAACACUUUUUUUUUACUUUGAGGACAUCACAGUAUUCUUUAAAUAUCUACCUCUCUGUGUAUUGGUUUCACUUUUCUCUCUUCCUGAUCACAUCUCAGUUUCCUCCUGAACCCCCUGGUCUCUGAAUGAGGGAGCACCCAGGGCACAGUCCUUGGACCUCUCCUCUUCUGUCUACACGCAUGGCCUUUUCCUGUCACCUCAUCUCACAGCUUUAAACACCUUGACGUCUCUCAGUUUUACCUCUCCAGGUUGACCUCUGCCCUGAACUCCAGAGUCGUGUCCAGCUGGUUCAUCGAGAUCUCUGCUGGCGCCUCUCACAGACAUCUCCACCUUAAACCGUGCAGCACUGACAUGAGCUUGCAUAAAGGUGUCCAGUGCUCCGUGAAGGAUGACCCUGAAUUUCCUGGGGCUCAGGAUUGACUUCUCGAGAUUGAUUUUGCCUACGAAAGAAGUCUGAAGGAAGGGGAAAGAAAGAGGCAUCUGGAAUGGCACUGCCUCAGAAACUGUUGACAUUCAGGGAUGUGGCCAUAGAAUUCUCUCAGCAAGAGUGGGCAUGCCUGAACCCUGCUCAGAGGACUUUGUACAGGGAUGUGAUGUUGGAGAACUACAGGAACCUGGUCUCCCUUGCAGGAAUCUCUGCAUCUGAGAUGAAUAUUAUCUCCAUUUUGAAGAAAGGGACAGAGCCGUGGACUGUGGAGAAGAAGAUGAAACUAGCAAAAAACCCAGAUGUCCUUUCUCCACAUGUAAUCAAGAAAUUAUCAGCAAAAGAGAUCAAUGAUAAAGAAGAAUUAUUCCAGAGGGUGUUGUUGGAAAGAAAUGAAAGUCAUGGCAUUGAGGAUUUUCACUUCAGACAAGUCAGAGAAAAUGUGUAUGACUUUGAGAGUCAGCGGGGAGAAGACGAAAGAAAUAACAGAGGAGUGAUUAUACCCUGUAACAAAAUUUUCACUGGUAGAAGAAAUCAACAUGUUAAAAGAGGUGAAGGAAACAAGUAUAUGACAUGUUUCAAAAAUACAACUGAAUUAACCUUUCAGUCCCAUAAGGCUGAAAUGCAGAAAUUUCACACUGGAGAGAAAAUGUAUGAAUGUCAUCAAGUGGAGUUGUCUGUCAACAAUGCAUCUUCCAUUCCAUCCCUUCAAAGAAUUCCUCCUAGUGUCCAAAGCAACAUUUCUAACGAAUGCGGGGAUGUUUUAAUGCCUUCUUCAUGGUUUCUACAACACCAGGAAACCCACAGCGGAGAAAAAUCUUACAAAUGUAAUGAAUGUGGGAAGUCAUUCAGCCAAAGGUCAAUGUAUACUAAUCAUCAGAGAAUUCACUGUGUGCAGAGACCAUAUGAAGGUAAUGAGGGCGUCAAAACCAUUCACUGUGGCCCAGACCUCAGGAAACAUCACGGGAUCCAUGCUAGGAAACAACCAUGUAAACGUAAUGUAUAUAGCAAGGUAUUUAGUCUACGAUUAAGACUUAGAACUCAUCCGAGAUUUCAUACUGGAAAGAAUCCUUACAAAUGUAAAGAAUGUGGUAAGGAAUUUAUGACUCGUUCAUACCUGUGGGGUCAUAAGAUAAUUUAUAGUAGAAAGAAACCUUACAAAUGUAAUGAGUGUGGCAAAACUUUUAACCAUGAUUCACACCUCAUUACACAUCAGAGAGUUCAUAUUACACAUCAGAGAAUCCAUAAUGGACAGAAACCAUAUAGAUGUAAUCUGUGUGGCAAGGUCUUUAGUCUAAGUUCGAGCCUUACAACUCAUCAGAGAAUUCAUAGUGGAGAGCAACCUUACAAAUGUAUUGAAUGCGGUAGGGCUUUUUCCUAUAGAUCAAAUCUUGGGAAACAGCGAAUUCAUAGUGGAGAGAAACCUUACCAAUGUAAUGAAUGUGGUAAGGCAUUUAUCCGAAAAUUAAGUCUAGUUGAACAUCAGCGAAUUCAUAGUGGAGAGAAACCUUACAAAUGUAAUGAAUGUGGUAAGACUUUUAGCAGUCGAUCAGUCUUUUGGAAACAUAAAGUAAUUCAUACUGGAGGGAAACCUUACAAAUGUAUUGAAUGUGGUAAGGCUUUUUCUGGAAGAUCAAGACUUGUGGAACAUCAGCGAAUUCAUAGUGAAGAGAAACCUUACAAAUGUAAUGAAUGUGGCAAAACCUUCAACUCAGGCUCAAGCCUCACUAAACAUCAGAGAAUCCACACUGGGGAGAAACCAUAUAAAUGUAAUAUAUGUGGUAAGGUCUUUAGUCGACGUUCAGGCCUUACUCGUCACCAGACAAUUCAUAGUGGAGAGAAACCUUACAAAUGCAAUGAAUGUGGUAAGAGUUUUACCCAGAAAUCAGGUCUUGGGGAACAUCAACGAAUACAUAGUGGAGAGAAACCUUACAAAUGCAAUGAGUGUGGUAAGACUUUUACCCAGAAAUCAGGUCUUGUGGAACAUCAGCGAAUUCACAGUGGAGAGAAACCUUACAAAUGCAAUGAAUGUGGUAAAGCUUUCAGUAGCCGAUCAGUCUUUCGGAAGCAUAAGAGAAUUCACAGUGGAGAGAAACCUUACAAAUGUAUUGAGUGUGGUAAGGCUUUUCCUGGAAGAUCAAGUCUUAUGGAACAUGAGCGAAUUCAUAGUGGAGAGAAACCUUACAAAUGUAAUGAAUGUGGUAAGGCUUUUACCCGAAAAUCAGGUCUUCUGGAACAUCAACAAAUUCAUAGUGGAGAGAAACCUUACAAGUGUAAUGAAUGCAGUAAGGCUUUUACCCGAAAAUCAGGUCUUUUAGAACAUCAACAAAUUCACAGUGGAGAGAAGCCUUACAAAUGUAAAGAAUGUGGUAAGUCUUUUACCCAAAAAUCAGGUCUUUUGAAACAUCAGCACAUUCAUAGUGGAGAGAAACCUUACAAAUGUAAUGAAUGUGGUAAGGCUUUUACCCGAAAAUCAGAUCUUUUGAAACAUCAACAAGUUCAUAGUGGAGAGAUACCUUACAAAUGUAUAGAAUGUGGUAAGGCUUUUACUCGAAAAUUAGGUCUUUUGAAACAUCAAAAAAUUCAUAGUGGAGAGAAACCUUACCAGUGUAAUGAAUGUGGUAAGGCUUUUUCCCAAAGAUCGUAUCUUGUGCUACAUCAGCGAAUUCAUAGUGGAGAGAAACCUUGCAAAUGUAAUGAAUGUGGCAAGGCUUUUUCCAGUCCAUCAAUCCUUUGGGAUCAUAAGAAAAUUCAUACUGGAGAGGAAAAGUACAGAUGCAAUGAAUGUGGGAAAACCUUUAAAUGGGGCUCAAAUCUCGCUAGACAUCAGAGAAUCCAUACUGGAGAAAAACGAUAUAAAUGUAAUAUAUGUGACAAGGGCUUUAGUCAUCGUGAAAGCCUUACAAAUCAUCAAAGAAUCCAUAUUGGAGAGAAUAAUUACAAAUACACUGAAUGUGAGAAAUCCAUCAACUGGGAUUCAAAACUCUAAAUAUCAGAGAAUUCAUACUGUGGAGAAACCUUAGAAAUGUUAUGAUUGUGAUAAGGCUUUUACCCAAAGAUCAAAUCUUGUGCAACUUCAGAAAAUUCAUAGUAGAGAGAAACCUUUCCAGUGUAAUUAGUGGCAUGUUUAUAUGGUCUUGUCCAACUGCCCCUGUAUUAUUCUGAAACACUCCCCUUAUACCUGAUAAUUUUUCUUGUUUUGAAGUCUCCUUUCUCUGAAGUUAAUAGAGUUAGCUACUGCAAUGUUUUUUGAUUAAGGUUAAAAUGGUAUAUCUUUGUCCAUUCCUUUCCUUUUAACCUAUAUUUUUCUUAAUAUUUAAAAUUCGUUAUUUGUAAAGAACAUACAGUUAGGCCUUUUUAUACACUGACAACCUCUGUCUUUUAAUUUUUGUACUUUCAGCUAUACACAUUAAAGUGAGUAUUGAUAUGGUUGGAUUGAUACUGACCAUAUUUAUAACAGUUUUCUAUUCAUUGUAGUUCUGUGGGUUUUUGUUUGUUUUCUUUUUCUUCCCUUUUCUGCCUUUUUUGCUUUUAAUUGAGCAUCUCAUAUAAUUACUGUUUCCCUUCUUAGCGUAUCAAUUGUGUAUGUUUUUUUUUGUUGUUGUUGCAGUAUAUAGAGUUUGCAAUAUAUAUUUACAACUAAUCUAGGUACACCUUAUAAUAACAUCCUACCGUUUCACAGGUAAUUCAGGUAUCUUACAGCAGCAUUCCCAAUUUAUAUCAGAAACUUCCUUUGCAAGAGCUAAAGUAUCUAGUAAACAAAGGUGAGAUCCUUUGUUUUUUAAAGCAAAGUACAAACAAAAUCUAUGGGGAAAAAUGUUCCAAAGUAACCAUCACUCUAGAGUAAUGCUUGAGAAGCAUCCAUCAGCCUGAUUAAAAGGCUGCUUCAUCUUACUGUUUUCAGAGAGGUUUAAUAAAGCAGAGGUAAUCUAUCCAAGAUGUUGUUAAUGUCUUAGGAUAGUUCUUAUGAAUUACAUUAUGUCUCCUUUCCACCCUCCUAAAAAAGUAUAAAUCCUAACCCCUGUAUCUAUGACACUGUUUGGAAUAUGGGUUUGAUUGUUAGUGGGUCAUACCACAGCAGGGCGGGUCCUAAACCUAAUCACUCAUGAGUGGUGCCAUCAAAAAAGCAGAAUAGAUAGUCACACCCUGGGAAGACAGGUGCCAUGUGGAGAUGGAGGUAUAUGAAUCUACAUAUGCCAGAACACCAAGGAAUUCCCAGUGCUACAAACAAGGAAGGACCCUCCACUAGAGCCAGUCACCUGAUUUGGACUUCUAGCCUCGAAAACCGUCAGAUAAUAAAUUCCCGGUCUUUAAAGACAGCCACUUGUGAUAUUUUUUUGUUAUGAAAGCAUCAGGCAACUAAGAUAUAGCUUGUUACCUGAGGUUGGGCAUGCUGCUUUAUCAAAUGUGUUGCUGUGGGAGUGGUUUUAGAAUUUGGCAAUGGAUAGAGGCUGGAGAAAUUUUGAUGUGCUUAAUAGGAAGAGCCUACAUUGCCUUGAAGAGACUGUUCUUAGAAAUAUAGAUAUUAAGGAAGA